AUGUAUAGCAAUCAAGAAAACACCCCACGUCUCACUGGAAACCCAAAACAAACAGUGUCCUUCGGCUCGCUCUUGCCCAGUAAUUCAGGUCUUCAGCCCAGUUUUUACCGUGAUAUCGAAAGAACCACUGCUUUUUCACAAAACCCUCCUCAGCACUUCGGCCAUCACACGACCAGUCAUUUUUAUCACCAGGGAAGCUACUCGGGCAAUGGCACUCGCUAUCCUCACAGUGCGCCCGGCCCAAUCACAGAUCACCAUCACAAAGCAAGCCGUGGUGUUAUCUAUCCCGCUCCCGAGCCAACUUGCAGUAGUCUUGACCCGGUGGGUGAUCGGCCUUGCAACCCGCCACCUCAGCCAUCCGCCAAGCCACAACCUAAGAAACAGCGCAAGAAACAAGCAGCUACCUCUGGUUCAACAACUCGAACAGCUGCAACUGCUCCCAGGAAGAAUCCUCCCAAACCUACGCUUGAGGAGAAUGCUCCUGCUGCUGAUGGUUGUCACCAUCCUCUUCCCGCCUCAAUCCGAUCAGGUGUUAUUACCAAACUCGAGGGGGCAGCAAAUGAGUCUUGUUCCCUAAAUCUUCCCCCCAAUGCUGAUGAUCCAUCUCGCAACAAUCCUACCCCAUCCCUUCAUGUAGAUGAGCGAUCUCGCAAUAAUCCUGCCCCAUCCCUUCAGCAAGGUCUGAGAUCAGCCCCGCCGCUCGAAGGUGUAUCCGAUCCACUCCCCAGAAAGAACAAGAAGUGUAAUCGAAGCCAGGGUGAAGACGGUCGCAAAGUCCUCCCAGCACCAAGAUCCUAG